AUGGCUACGUUAGCCGCUGAAUGCGAUAGGUUUAAAAUAGACGUAAUUGGCAUUAGCGAAGUCAGAUGGAAUGGUACAGGUGAAUUCACAAACCAAAAGGGAGGUGUACUUAUGUACUCCGGCAUGCCCGACGAACAAGACCCUCACAUCCGAGGCGUUGCAGUUUACGUAAGAAAAAAUGUUAAGCACUCAAUCUUAUGCUGGAAAGCUAUAUCCGAAAGAAUAAUAGUAGUACGUUUUCGCGCAAAGAAAUUCAAUAUGUCUCUAGUACAAUGCUAUGCUCCAACAGAAGAUAGUCCACUUGACCAAAAAGAAGUUUUUUACAGUGCGCUAGAAAGAACGCUCUCUGAAAUUCCUAGAACCGAUGUAAUUAUUCUUAUGAGCGAUUUCAAUGCGGAAAUAACUCAGAGUAUCGAACUAGGAUCCCUAUUUCCUCAUAAAACGUGUCACAAGGUCACUUGGAAGUCCCCCGCUGGCAACUUCGAAAGUCAAAUUGAUCAUAUCUGCAUUUCAAAACGAUGGAGUAAAGUUCUAUGUGAUGUCAGAAACAAAAGAAGCGCUGAUAUCGACAGUGACCACUAUUUAGUGGUGGCCGAACUGAAAUUUAAUAUACCUAAACAUAGGUAUGAACACCCGCAGCAUACACGGCGCACGUAUAAUACCACAAAGCUUAAUGUUGGAGCGGUAAAGAAUGAAAUGAUCGAACGUAUUAACAACGUCAGUUUGAUGGAGGAUGCUUCUAUUGAGGAAACGUGGCUUCAUAUUAAAACAAAUCUCGAAGAGAUCUGCAAGGACACACUAGGCUACCGUAAAAACGAGCAAAAGGAAUGGUUGUCGGCAAACUCUUGGGAGCUCAUUGCUCAAAGAAGAAGUCUCAGUAGACAGAUCAAGAAAGCAGUCAAAAGCGACAAGAGAAACUAUUACGUUGAACUAAGCAUGAAAGCGCAAGCAGCAUCAGAAAAGGGCGACAUGAAGGAGCUGUUUAAGUUAACUAAACAACUAGGUGGAAUAUCUUUCCAAAGCAGCGCUCCAAUUGAAAAUGAAAACGGACAGCUGGUGUUUGCUAAGAACGAGCAGGCAGAAGUUUGGAAAAGACAUUUUGAGAAAACCCUAAAUAUCAUACACAACGAAAGUGGCGAGCUCACAAUACCAAGACAUCUAAAUCCUAACAGACAAAUAGAUACAAGGGCACCUAGCGUUAACGAAAUAAGAGGUGUAAUCAUUAGCAUGAAAAGUGGUAAAGCACCAG